UAUAUUUAAAAUGUUUCUAUGGCUAUUGUAUCUCGUUAUAGUGUUGGGUAUGGCACUAUUCAGAUUGAAAAGAAGACGAUUGCAUAGAUUAGCUUCAAAGAUUCCGGGGCCGGACGAUGAACUGCCAUUCAUUGGCGUCGCACAUAAAUUUACUGGGACUACUGAAGAUAUAUUGAACAGUUUACAGAAGUAUAGUUACGAGGCUAUAAAAAAGAAUGGAAUUCUUCGAGGUUGGAUUGGCCAUAUUCUUUAUUUCGUUGUUGUGGAUCCAAUUGAUUUAGAGGUAGUACUUAAAAAUUGCUUAGAGAAAGACGACCUCCAUCGAUUUUUAAAAAAUGCUAUUGGAAAUGGUGGAAUAUACGCACCAUUGUCUGUGUGGAGAAGACGACGAAAGAUCAUGGUGCCGGCUUUCAGUCCUAAAAUAGUAGAAACCUUCAUAGAAAUAUUUUCGGAUCAAAGCGAGAAGUUGGUUUCAAUGCUUGAUGAAUGCGCGGGUAAAGGUGACGUCACUAUGGGGCCUUUUCUUUGCAGAUAUACUCUCGACUCUGUUUGUGAGACUACGAUGGGAAUAAAAUUAAACGCCCAAAAUAAUCCUGAUAACCGAUUUCUAAGAGCAUUGAAAAAUAUACUUAAUUUUUUUUGUAAAAGAAUUUUUCAUCUAUGGCUACAACCAGAAUGGUUGUACAAAUUCUUCCACCAGUACACAGAGGAAAAGAACUAUUUGAAAGAAAUGCACGAUUUUGUAGAUGGAGUAAUACAAAAGAAGAGGGAAGAAAUCAAGAAAGAAAAAUAUCUAAAUUCAAAAGUAUAUCGUAAUUUUGAUUUAUAUAAUUACAAGACUCGAUCGUUCCUCGAUCUUUUGAUAGAGUUUUCUGGCGGUGAAAAUGGUUACAAUGAUCUGGAGCUGAGAGAGGAAAUAAUGACAUUAACAAUAGCCGGCACUGACACGUCAGCUGUGGCAAUUGGGUACACAUUGAAGUUGUUAGCGAUGUAUCCAAAAGUGCAAGACAAGUUAUAUCAAGAAUUAGUAGAUGUUUUCGGAAAUUCCGAUAGACCAAUAGAUAAAGAGGACUUAUUAAAGUUAAAGUAUUUAGAACGUGUUGUGAAAGAGUCGCUGAGGUUAUUUCCACCAGUGCCGUUUAUUAUUCGAAAGAUUUUAGAAGACAUUUCUUUGCCGUCAGGUAGAACUCUUCCAGCCGGGUCAGGUGUAGCGGUCAGUAUCUGGGGCUUGCACCGCGACCCCAAGUAUUGGGGCCCGGACGCCGAGGUUUUUGACCCCGACAGGUUCCUACCGGAGAGGUUCAACGUCAAGCAUGCCUGCUCCUACAUGCCGUUCAGCAGUGGACCUCGGAAUUGUCUUGGUUACCAAUACGCCUUAAUGUCAAUGAAAACGGCGUUGUCGGCGAUAGUGAGACGUUAUAAAAUUGUCGGGGAAGUGGAGUCCGGUCCUGUUCCACAUAUAAAGUCCAAAAUUGACGUCAUGAUGAAAGCUGUAGAUGAUUAUAAGAUUAGUUUAAAAAAAAGAGUAAUUGAAGUAGAUGUAUUUAAAAAAACAGUUAUCUAA